GACGCCCAUGAACACUAUGCGUAACACCUUUAGCUAAUUUAAGAUGAACUUGCGCUAUAGCUCAUUAAAUUAAUGUUUAUCUUCAUUCAUAUUGUGAUAUGCGUCUGCCUAAUACGACGUAUACUUCCUUUAACAAUGACAAAAUUAUUUUAAUAUUUUAUUACAUGAAUUAUAGUUUCAUGCGGUUGAAUACAACAAUCUUCCUAACACUGAAGCGUCACUUGAAGAGGACGGUUAUUUGCAUUUUUAAUGUGACUUUUUAAUCAGUUUGGCAAUCAGAUGCAUUUGUUAUGUUUUGCCAACGAGGGAGGAUCGAGUACCCUUUUCGUUUCGUUUUGUGAGCUGUAGCCUCGCCGCAGCGAUGUCCGUGUGAUCCGUCCUCCGACUCGCAGUGAUGGGAAGCCGCGACUUUGCUGGAUGAGUACCCGGCCACACAAAUGCCGGAACCUUAACCCGGGACUCCCUCCCAGUGUAACCAAUAAAAGCCAAGUGCAAACACCAACAGGUGCCUGCUGGAGACUCAGAAGAUGAAACGCAUUCCACCCAGCUGUCACUCACAGCACCUGGCCAAUCAGGAGGGGACAUUUUAGAAUACAGGAUGCCCAUACAAACAUACGUGAACAAAGGAGGGCCUUCUCCGUUCCGUUUCGGGUAAAAGGUUGGAAUAGCUGCACAAAGACCGAAGCCUGCCAGUGGAAGUGUCUGUUGCGAGAGACGCAGUUGAUAGAGCUGCCAGCUGGGACGUGACCACAUGCAUGGCCCCUUUUGGACGCCUUCUGCCUGCCCCAAUGAUGAGAAAGAUGGUGACCGUUCUCCUGUGGACUGUAUGGAGCUGCUGUCUGCUCAGUCUUUCAGCUGCUUCAGAAACAGAGAAGCUCUUACUGCAGAAGAUCUUCAAGGACUACAACCUGAAAGUGCGGCCUGCACGGCACUGGGAGGAGAAGGUGAUGGUGAGAGUGGGAAUGACUCUCUCACAGCUCAUCAGCCUGUGGAGGCCAGCCUUUCAGCAGUAGCUCCCAGGAGGUUAAGCCUGGCUGUGUGCUCUUCGAAGACCUGAUAAUUUAGGGUAGCUUCCCUUCAUCGGCUGCCAGAGUUUCGCUUGUGUACCAUGUGACAAUAUGCAGUCACACAGAAUUAGAAUGAGAAGAAUGAGGAGAUGACGACCAAUGUGUUUAUGAAUCUGGCCUGGAAGGAUUACAGACUUUCCUGGAAUCCUGAGGAAUAUGACAACAUUCAGGUUCUGAGAAUCCCUCCAAACAAUGUGUGGCGUCCAGACAUCUACCUCAUCAACAACAACGACGGUCACUUUGAUGUGGCCCUCUAUGUCAACGUGUUGGUGAACAGUGACGGCACUGUGACCUGGCUCCCCCCGGCCAUCUACCGCAGCACCUGCUCCAUAGAGGUGGCGUACUUCCCCUUUGACUGGCAAAAUUGCUCCAUGGUUUUCCGCUCAUAUACCUAUGACUCUUCUGAGGUGGAUCUUCAGUAUGCUGUGGAUGAGAAUGGCCAGGAGAUUCAUGAAAUUAUAAUCGAUGAGAAUGCCUUUACUGAGAACGGGGAAUGGCAGAUCUGUCACAAACCGUCCAGGAAGAAUGUCCGGGAGGACCUGUAUGAGGACAUCACCUUCUACCUUAUUAUUGAAAGAAAGCCGCUCUUCUACAUCGUGAACAUUAUUGUGCCCUGCAUUCUUACCAGCGUUUUGGCCAUCUUUGUCUUCUAUCUGCCUCCCGAUGCAGGGGAGAAGAUGACCCUGUCGAUAUCUGUCCUCAUCGCUCUAACCGUCUUCAUGCUCCUGCUGGCCGACAAGGUCCCUGAGACCUCUCUAGGCAUCCCUAUCAUCGUCAACUAUGUCAUGUUCACCAUGAUCCUGGUCACCUUCUCGGUCAUCCUCAGCGUGGUGGUGCUCAACCUCCACCACCGCUCACCCAGCACUCACCACAUGCCCUUGUGGGUGCGUAAGGUGUUCAUCCAGUUCCUGCCCCCAUACCUGGGGAUGAAGCGGCCCCACGCAGAGGAGCCCCUCGAGGAGGAGUGCAAGCAAGACACGCCCCUGUCCUGCCCGGAUAGCCGGAGGCCCGGUGGCGAGUACUUUGCCCGAAACAUCAACCCAGAGCUCGUGCGCCCAUGGAGAAGAAGGGGCGACAGUACAGUCCAGCUGCAGAGAUACUUUGACAGUGAUAACUACUGCCUGAUCCUGCCCCCUGAUCUCAAGUCAGCCAUCGCCGCUGUCACCUACAUGGCCGAACAACUAAAGAGGCAGGACACUGAUGACACACUGACAGGAGACUGGCAGUAUAUCGCCAUCGUGGUGGACCGGCUUUUUCUCUGGCUCUUUGUCGUUAUCACCACCCUGGGAACCUUGACCAUGUUUCUGGAUGCCAGCUUCAACUACACCCCCGACCAGCCUUUCGUCUGAGACCAUUCCCAUAAUCUGGGCACCUGGAUCAUAGACUGCCAGUCUCAUUUUCACUGAUGGAGAAGAGAGAACUACACUUCCCAUGAUUCCAGUCUGGAGUAACACCAGCUUUGGUCUGUAGCUAAAAAUACAUUCCAAACCACCCCAUUAACAGUUUGUAAUUUUUCGGUAAGCGUAAUGGGUGUGGGCUGGCUAAGUAUAUUUGCACAAUUAACAAUACAUAUACAAACCUCCACGACACAUAGGAUUCUCAUUUCAGGUAAAAAGGUGUAAUGCAAACUAUGAUACAAGACAAGAAUAUAUGGGCAAUUCCAGCAUUAUGAAUAUAAUACUAAUGGCAAACGUGCCUGGGAGCGUGGAUAAGCUUAGUAUCAAUGAAUAAAUUUGCAUAUCUUUUGGAAAUAUAUAGCAUGUUGUCAGUGGAUGUGACAUCAAAAGGGCUAUGCUUGUAAUUGCCCAUUCACAGAACUGCAAACCAGUUACACACUGAUGAGCCAAAACAUUAUGACCACCCCCACCUGAAGUGAAUAAUCUUGUUGUGAAAUCUUGUAAAAAUGGUGCGUGGGAUAUAUCUGUGAUAUAUUACACAGUAAGCUGACAUUCAGCACUCGUCGUUGGCGUGUUGAGUGCAGAAUAAAUGGGCAGAGAUAAAAUGCUGACUUUGGCAAGGGCCAGAUCACUAUGGCAAGACGACUGGGUCAGAGCAUCUCUGAAAAGGCGAAACUUGUGGAGUGCUCUUGGUCUGCUGUGGUGACUACCUACUGCAAGAGGGAAAAUCCACGAUGCACACACAGGGUGUUGGGCGGCCAAGACUUGUCAAUGCGGAAUGUGAAUGAAGGUUGUUCCGUAUGGUAUAAACCAACAGUAAGCAACGUCACUCAGAUGGCAUCAAGCCUUGCUGCGUAUGGGACUGGGUAACCUCGGGUUGGACUUGCUGGUCCAACGCAUCCCACAGAUUCUUGACACGUACUUGGCCGAUCACAUGAUCAAAAAACAAGAUUCAUCGGACCAGGGGGCCUUCUUCCGUCACUCCAAGGUCCAGUUCUGAUGCUCGCCCAUCAUAGGAGCUUUCGAUGAUAAAUGGGAUUAUCGUGGUCACUGGCCUGCAGCUAUGUAGCCCCAUAAGCAAUAGGGCUUGAUGCCCUGUGUGUCGUUACACAGUUUUCUCAUCACCAUCAUCAGCGUUAUCUGACAUUUCUGCCACAGUAGCCCUUCUGUUGGUUUGCCUUCAUUCCCACCUCGCAUCGAUAAGUCUGAGUCGCCCAACACCCAGUUAUCAGUUAAUGAUUUUUCCCUCUCAGUAGCUACUUUUAGAGAUGCUCUGACCCAGUAGUCUGGCCAUAAUGAUUUCCUCCUUGUCAGUCACUCAUAUUUUUUUUAUCCCUGCCCAUUUCUUCUGCACUCAGCAUGUCAACCACGAGUAUUUAAUGUAAGCUUACCAUAUAAUACAUUCCAGACCUUGACACAGACCAUUUUUACGUGAUAGACGAUGUUAUUUGAAUUAUGUGGAGGUGGUCAUAAAGUUUUGGCUUAUCAGUGUGACUUAUAGGUUCUCAAAUUUUUCAGGCCACGACCCCCAAGAUAACAGUGUCAGGUACUUUUGAUCCCCAUUUGGCAAAACCUGUAGUCAACAAGUAGUCAAAUAUAAAGUCCAAGGAAUGGUAAAUUGAAGGGUUACCUGGAAUGUAAUAGACUAGAAUUGUUAUAGUCCAAAAUGAAAAGUUCUGUCUGUUACAUUGUGAUGUAACAAAAAGAUCACCCGAUACUAGAAAUAUACUGUGAGACACAGAAUUAAAGUAACAAUAUGUUGUAUUUUGAAGACCCCUAGUUUCACUCAGAAAUAUACAUUUUAAUUUGGUACUACAGAACAUACAGGACUAAUAGAAGCAAGUGGAAUUUAAAAACGUAUUAUUUAUAUAAUAAAUAUGUAAUUAUAAUUUAAUGAAAAUGGUUUUGAUAUGCGUAA